CAUUCCGUGGUCAUCAAUUGAUGAGACCCCAGCAUCAGAGUUCUCCACACCAUAUUUCUUCACCAUGGCCUUCCCCUGCUUAUUCCCAUAUGGACUUGGUGACUUCCAUAUAAAUAGACCAAGGACAGCCCCCCAUCUCCAUGAGUGGGCUGAGCAUCUGGAGUGGUACCAGGAUGGAAGGUUUAUCAAGCACAAGGUGUGGAAGUUCGUGGUCCAUAACAUAAUCAUGAGGAAGCGAGCGCUGGAACAGAGUAGAUACUAUGUUGACCAGCAGCUAGGUGAUCCCCACAUGACUGUGGCUGACUUGCAAGAGCGCAUGGCAAGAGGAGACACCACCAUCGCCAACAAGCUCUUGUACUUUGGUGCAAGCCUCAGAGGGACUUCACAGUAUUGGGACCAGCGGCGUCGAGAACUCAGAGCAAUGGUGCAGUGUUUGGUCAACGAGAAACGUGGGCUUCCAUCGUUUUUCAUGACUGGUAGCUGUGCAGAGUUCUACUGGCCUCCGCUACGACGACUGUUAGAGCAGUAUAUCCUUGGGACAACUGGGUUCGAAUUUGCAAAGUCACGUGGACAAAUCCACUGGCAUCAGUUGAGCUGGAGAGAAGAUCGCCAGCCCCAUGAGCUCCUUCACCAAGCUGUACAAGAGGAGUGCCCGAAACCAGAGAAAGUGCGCAGGCUGAAUGAGUAG